AUGGUUGACGGGCUGGACGCGCGGAACUUCCGAGGCGGCCGGAUCCAGGCGAGCGGAGGCGGGACUAACAAGGCAUCGGGGUUCUCCCGGGCGGCACCACGGUUGCUCCGGCGUGCUCCUGAAAGAAAAGGAGGGAGGACGAGAGAGAGGGAGAGAGAAAACCGGGAGGAAGGAGAGAAACGAGGGGGAGGCACGGCAGGAGGCUGUGCUGUUGGUUUCUCCGAUGAAGAGGAGAUAGGGCGCGGACGUUCGCGGGAGUGGGCGGCGUUUGGCAAAGGAGGCGCUGGUCGGGGAGCGCAUGGUGCGGGACUCCCAGGGCGAGAUGGACGAGGACAAGGAUGGUCUGCUGCUGCUAAUCUCAUGUGGAGGACACGCAGGGGCGGACGGCGAGUGAGGGGAGGAUUUAUCUGGGACCUGAAUUUGACAGGUAAAAGCUGGUUUGUUUGCUGCUGGCUGGCUUAG